AUGCAAUAUCCAAUGACUAAGAGUGAUUUUCUAUUGACUCCAUAUCAAAUAUUUAUAUUACCAUGUAUUACCCUUAUCUUUUGGUCUCUAUUUCUUAUAGUCUUCAGAAGUGAUGGAAGUGGGAGAUGGAAUGGAGACAUAUAUUCAUUUAUUCUUAAUUCAAGGCGACAAUCAAAUGUAACUUGGUUUGUGUUUAAUGAAACGAAGGAAUUAUGUUCAUGUUUUACCAAAUUUUUUAAUAAAUGUGAUUUUAGUAAAAUAAUAAUAUUACAGAAGAAAAGAGAAAAAGAUUAUUUGUGUACAUGUCCUGCUAAUAUUUUUGGUGGUCAAAUCACCUACUGUAACAAAUCAAAUUAUGACAACGACAUUCUUCAAUAUGAGGAUGAAACUAUAGAUCUUUAUGUAAUUAGACACACAAAUAACUGUCAACAUUAUGGAGGAUCAUCAGUAAGAAAUAAGUUAUCUAAUUAUUAUUUUCAAUAUAGUGACUUUUCGAAAUACUGA